UGAACUCCAAUCAGAAUUCACACCUACUAGACUUUUGAUUGAUGGUUUGAGGCCCCCUCCCUUCCUUCCCAUCCCUUUAUCUGCUGCUUUUUGUAGCUCAUCCCUCAUCUUCAUUCUCCAUGCUCCAUUCCCUCAGCUGAGUGUGCUCUUCUCACACCAUCCUCAGCAAUUGUUUCACUGCUCUGCUCUAUUUCCUGAUCAUCUGUCUUCCUCCACUAAUCCACUUACUAUUAUUGAAAUGGGAAGACACUCCUGCUGUUACAAGCAAAAGCUAAGGAAAGGACUUUGGUCUCCAGAAGAGGAUGAGAAGCUCUUGAGGCAUAUAUCCAAAUAUGGUCAUGGCUGCUGGAGCUCUGUUCCCAAACUAGCUGGUCUUCAGCGUUGUGGGAAGAGCUGCAGAUUGAGGUGGAUAAACUACUUGAGACCUGAUUUGAAAAGAGGUGCAUUCUCACAGCAGGAGGAGAACCUCAUUAUCGAACUCCAUGCAGUCUUGGGCAACAGGUGGUCUCAGAUUGCUGCACAGUUGCCAGGAAGAACUGACAACGAAAUAAAAAACUUAUGGAACUCAUGCAUAAAGAAAAAAUUGAGGCAGAGAGGCAUUGAUCCCAAUACACAUAAACCACUCACUGAGGUGCAUGAGGCUGGAGAAGAUAAGGCCCCCCCUGACAACGUUGACCACCUUUCACCCAAGACAGCAGUUGAAUCAGCUUCUAGUUUGAUGCCAGUUAUGAACUCAACAAGUACUUCAAUGGGAUAUAUUCCCAUUGCUGCUGAUUGUGGAAGCAGCAGCAAUAGCAGCAGCAACAACAACAACAACAACAGUCAGACACUUAUCUGGUUCAACCCAGAGUUGAACAGCAACUGCAACACAAUGCUCUCCUCUACUUCCAUGGGUCUGAAGCCAAUCAUUGACCUCCAUCUAGAGAACACUAGCAGCAGUGGCAGCACCCUUCCUUACUGGGAGGCUGGUAAUCCAAGUAACAGCAGUGGAAGUACAGUAACUAAUACAAAUGGAAUUGAGUUGCAGAGCAAUGGGAAUGGUUCCUUCUUUGACAACAGUUUCUGCCAGUGGGCUGACUUAGCACCUGCUAAACAAGUUCAGAUCCAAAUUGAAGCUGAACCCGAGGACCUCAAAUGGUCAGAGUACCUCCAAGGUUCCUUUUCAGUACCAGGAGCAACCAUUCAUCGCCAACAACCACCUUUGUACAGUGACAUUAAGUCUGAGAACCACCAGCUUUGAGAUUGAUGGCUUCAAUACUUGGCACCAAAACCAGCUUUUGAACAGAUUCAGACAUAUUUAGAUACAUCAACUCUUGAUUGAACAUAUCUUCUCUGAUUCUUGAAGGUGUGAUGUGUCAUAGAAUUUUAUUUUAUUUUUUCUCUCUUUUCUUUACUAUGUUGUUGUUAUUAUUAUUAUUAUGAUGUAAAUAGGAUUCUUAUGCACUGUUGAAGCUCCAUCAACCUUUUACUUAUCUUCUUGAGAAUUGAAGGGAUGAGAAGCGCAGAAUAAAGCUUGUUUACAAUA